AUGCUGUAUACCCUGAAGGUAGUGGCCUUCCAGCGCCACGGCAUCAGUGGAGCCGACCUGGAGAGGAACUGGCAGCAGCCCCAGACAGCUCUUGUGGGACUGCUCUUCCUGCAGAGCCCUGUGACAUUAGGCUCCUCGGCACUGGCCCUUGUGUGGGAACAUGGCCGGACUGAGGUCUGGCACUUCGUGGUGGCCGUGGGCUGGCAGCUGCUGCAGACAUUGGAGCUCUGCCAGGGUGCCCGGGCACGAAUCGUGUCCGUGUGCAGCCAGGGAGCCAGCCUGGUGUGGUGUGAGGAGAGGCCUCCCCUGGAUGCCCACUCGGACAUGAGCAAGUGUGCCUUCAGGUUCUGUGUCUGCACCCGGGCUCUGGAGGUGGGGGAGCAAGGCGUGCGGCUGGGCACCCUAAGGAUAGUCCUGCACAACAGCCCUGAGUAUCAGGUUCUGGCCUCCCCCCAACACAUCUUCCUGGUGCCUGCCACUGCCAGCUUUGCCACCACGUCCAAAUUCCUCCUCAUCUGGCAUCCUGAGAAGGCAAAGCUCACCAUCACAGCCCCCUCUGCAGGCUUUGUCCACAGAAAAGUGCUGCGCUCCAGCAAUGAGUCAGACUUCAGGAAGCUCCUGCUUGGUUCUGUGGGUCUUCUCUCAUGUUUGGCACCUCUGGACAUUCACACCUCCGCUGUGUCCAACAGUGGGGGUCUGCUGCUGGUGAGCACAAAGGGUGCUGUGAACAUGCUGGAGCCAGAUGGGACACAGAGGCAUAUCUUUGACCUGGAGGCGGGGGCCCUGGCCCAAGGAAGUCCUGUCCAGCUGAAGACCUUUGGCAGCAUCCUGGCCUGCGUGCUGGCUGGGGUCCUUUACCUCAUCGACCAGAACAGUGGAAGGCUCAUAGAAAAGAAAAUCCUGAGCAUGAAAGAGGUGCAUUUCCUGGAGUCCCCGGGAGAGGAGGACAGCAUCCAGCUCCUCACUCAGACUGGCAUCUACAGCUUUAGCUUUUCCAAACCUGAAGACAGCAGCAGACCGGAGCCAUGCCUGGUGGAGAUGGUGUUUGAGGAGGCCUGCAGAUACUACCAAAGGAGGAGCCUCAGCAGUUCCAAGCUGACAGUGGAGAAGUUGAAGAAAGGUGGUGUGUUCCAGGCUCCUGUGGCCCUCGCUGCCAUCCUGCAGCACAGCCUCUGCCAGAAGCAGAAGCCAGCCCGAGGCCUCCAGGACACUUAUGCCAAGCUGUUGAGCACAAUGAGCCUGGAGCUGCAGAGCUACAUGAGCUUGGAGCUCCUCAAGACCUGUGUGGUGUGUGCCCCAGAGAGUGAAGUGGAAAGCUGCUGCGAGGAACUGGUGGAGCAGGAGGUCAGCCGCGUUCUGCACUCUGACAUGGACAAGGACAACUUGGCCUACCUGAACUCCAUCUUUGCCUCCUUCCCCAAGGCUGCCUGGAAGGCCACAAGGAGCUGCCUGCAGCUGCAGCAGAAUGGGGAUGGCCUCUUGGUAGCCAGGGCCACCCCAGAGGUGUGGAAGAAGGUCCUGGGAGGGCCACAGCAGGAGGAGGUGGGUCAGAAUGGAGCGGUCCCGCUCUUUGAGCUCAUCUGUGCCUCCUUCCUGAGGUACAAACCCAAAUGGCUGCCCAGUUUUGUGGAGCUCACCCAGCAGUACGUUAGCAUCUCUUGGGCAUACAGCAGCAAGGAGGGCCCAGAAGGCCGGGUGCCGCUGUACAAGAGAGCACUGGGAGUACUGGCCAGGAAGAACAAGCGUAGCGAGGCAGAUGAUGAGAUGGAGCUCGAACUGCUGCUCUGCAGCAAGAGGCCUAAGGCCGUGCUGCAAGCUCUGCACCUUCUCAUCUGCCUGAAGCGGUGGCAGCGGGUGGUGGAGGUGGCAGAGAAGUUCUCCAAGCUCAGCCCCUUGCUCAACAAGGAGAUAUUCACCAUGCUGCUGGCAGAGUUUGCCCAGCACCGGGAGCUGGACCCUUAUCUGGAUACCAUGGUCCUGCAGCACCUCCCUUGCUCCCAGGAGGAUCCAGUGCCCUUCUCCAGCGAGGGGAACCAGCUGACUGUAGGCUUGCUGAAGCCACUGCUGCAAAGGGUUGUGCAGCGUCCCUGCGUCCAGGAUGAGAUGUACUCGGAUGCUUUGCAGAGCCCCACCUUCCCCCCUCCCCCCCCACCCCGAGAGCACAAGAUCCCCUCAAAAGCAACGGCCGACAAUGCCCCUCAGCCCCCCGUGGCAAGGACUUCCUCCCCCUCGGUGCUGGUACAGGGUGACACAGUGUGA